AGGCGGGGCUCCCCCGCCGCCAUCUUAGGCGCCUCCGCUGCCCCCACCCAUCCGCCGUGAGUGUGCGGCCGCGGUUGGCGGGCGGCCUCGUCUCCUCGUCGGCGCGCAGGGCCGAGUUACUGUCAAUUCGACAUACAUUCAGCCAGUACAAUGUCCAGCGUGCCAGUGGCUGUGGUGACUGGGUCCAACAAAGGGAUCGGAUUUGCAAUUGUGCGGGCUCUGUGCAAGCAAUUCCCAGGGGAUGUGUACCUGACAGCCCGAGACCCUGGCCGUGGCCAGGAAGCAGUGGCCAAGCUCCGGGAGGAAGGGCUGCAUGCACUCUUCCAUCAGCUGGAUAUUGAUGAUCUGCAGAGCAUCAGAGCUCUCCGUGACUUCCUAAAGGAGAAAUAUGGAGGGCUGAACGUGCUGGUUAACAAUGCAGGGAUUGCUUUCAAAGUUCAUGACACAACUCCAUUUGCAGUCCAAGCAGAGGUUACACUGAGGACAAACUUUUUUGGAACCAGGAAUGUUUGCACAGAAUUGUUACCUCUUCUGAAGCCUUAUGGUAGAGUGGUAAAUGUCUCUAGUAUGGUAAGUAGCUCAGCUCUGGGAGGCUGCAGCCAAGAACUACAGAAAAAGUUUCGCAGCGACACAAUCACUGAGGAUGAGUUAGUGGAACUCAUGACCAAAUUUGUGGAAGAUACCAAGAAAAGUGCGCAUGAGAAAGAAGGUUGGCCAAACACUGCCUAUGGGGUAUCCAAAAUUGGUGUCACAGUCUUGUCCAGGAUUCAAGCCCGGAUGUUAAAUGAGAAAAGAAAAGGUGACCACAUCCUUCUCAAUGCCUGCUGUCCUGGAUGGGUGAGAACAGACAUGGCAGGUCCUAAAGCCACUAAAUCACCAGAUGAAGGGGCUGAGACCCCAGUUUAUUUGGCCCUUUUGCCUUCUGACGCUGAUGGUCCUCAUGGCCAGUUUGUUAGUAACAAGACUGUUCGAACCUGGUGAGUUUAUGUAUGUGUGCCUGUGCAAGUGGUAAUGUGGCACUGGGUUAGCCUGUGCCCUGGUAGGGCACUUAGCCAGACCUGUCUCAUCCUGUCCACAGCAGCAGCAGGGUUCUUUAUCAUUACAAUAAGGGUUACAGUUACGGUACUCCUCUGGGGUUAACUGUGCUAGGCCACACUUCCCAACAGUCUCCAUUUGCUUGCUCACAGCAUUGACUGUGUAGCCAAAAAUCUGAUUUGUGGGUGUUCCAAUCCAGAUGAUGCAGGCUAAUUUGGUAUUGCCCUAAUGUGCCUGACCGUUUACUUGAAUUUAUUCUUAAUUAAAUCAUUGCCAGCUCUUCUUCCACUCCCUUGAAACGGAUCUCUGACAUGGGGUUGGGAUGAGGAAGCAGAUGCCUUAUGCUUCUGCAGCACAGUAGUUCUUCUUAGGGAUCAUAGCUGCUUCUCAGAUUGUACAGGGUUUCUUAAAGGGUGGAGGGGGUUAUUCUGAGAUCCACAGUCUGACCAGUUUGGGGGGAGGCUAGUAAGACCAUAACAGAACUGCUGCUGUAUAGAGAUUACUUAUUAUCAGUACAAAAUAGAAUUAGGUAAAAGCAAAAGUAGUCAUGACAUACCAUUAAUAGAACUUAAUCAGUUGUCUGAUCAUUUAUUGACACAAUGUUACUGGUUUGUAUUCAUCCAGUGGGCUUAUUCUAAUACUAAAAAAUUCUAAUGUUUGAAAAUACACUUUAAUUUUCAGCAGCUAAGAUUGUAGCUGGACUAUGUGGUGUUUGGACUAUAUGAAGAGAAAAUAAACUACAGAACUGAUAACAGCAAA